AUGGUGCAAGAAACAGUAGUAGUCAUUGUAGGUGCGGGUCCUGCUGGUCUAGCAACCGCUGCUUGUCUCAAUCGUCUCAACGUCCCAAACAUAGUUUUAGAGAGAGAAAAUUGCUGUGCUUCUCUCUGGAAAAAAAGGUCUUAUGAUCGGUUAAAACUUCAUCUUGCAAAAGGGUUUUGUCAACUUCCAUAUAUGUCCUUCCCUUCUGAUGCACCUACAUUUAUCCCAAAGAGUGGUUUCAUCCAAUACUUAGACAACUAUGUAUCCACUUUUAAUGUGUAUCCAUUGUACCAUUGGAACGUUGAGGCUGCAUCAUUCGAUGGGGUUGUGGCAAAAUGGCGCGUCGUGGCGAAAAAUUUGUUUUCGAAUGAAGCUGAAGAAUAUGUGGCUAAGUUUCUUGUGGUCGCGACAGGUGAAAAUAGUGAAGGUUUUAUUCCAAAGGUGCCGGGGUUAGAAAGCUUUAGAGGGGAGGCUAUGCAUUCUAGUCAAUAUGAGAAUGGAAAGAGGUUUUGUAACAAAGAUUGCUUGGUUGUUGGUUGUGGGAAUUCUGGAAUGGAGAUUGCCUAUGAUUUGUCAAACUCGGGUGCUAGGACCUCCAUUGUUGCUCGUAGUCCUGUGCAUGUGCUUUCAAAGGAAAUGGUGCAUCUGGGAAUGUUUUUGUUAAAAUUCAUUCCCUGUAAUCUAGUGGACAACAUUGUUAGAAUGCUUGGCAAAUUCAGGUAUGGAGAUCUUGCUGAUUAUGGGCUUCAAAGGCCAACUAAAGGACCAUUCUAUCUUAAAAGGACAACUGGUCGAUCUCCAGUUAUCGAUGUUGGCACCGUAGACAAGAUUAAGAUUGGAGAUAUUCAGGUUUUUCCAUCUAUAACAAAGUUCCAAGGUGAUAACGUUGAAUUUACAAAUGGUGAGAUCAAGCAACUCGAUGCCAUCGUCUUUGCUACUGGCUACAAGAGCACAGCUAGGAAAUGGCUCCAGGAUGGUGCAGACCUUUUUAAUGAGGAUGGCAAGCCCAAACGAGGAUUCCCGGAUCAUUGGAAAGGAAAAAAUGGGCUAUACUGUGCAGGAUUUUCAAGGGCGGGAUUGUUCGGAAUCUCAAAUGAUGCAGAGAAUAUAGCCAAGGAUAUCGACAUAACUUUGAAUCGAAACUGCCAAGUAUAUGAAUGUUGA